AUGAAACUGAAAGCGUCGCCUGUAAACCUAAACCUUAUACAGGUAUAUGCCCCUACUAGCACUGCACCACCCGAAGUUUUGGAGAAUUUUUAUAGAGAAUUGCAGAUAGUGAUUGCGAAAGUUCCCAACAGAGAGCUGCUUGUUAUAAUGGGUGAUUUCAAUUCGAAAAUUGGAGCUAAUUCCAAUUUGUAUAACAACUGUGUAGGGAAAUUCGGGCUUGGCUUGCGAAACGAAAGAGGUGAAAGAUUGAUGCGGUUCGCAAAUGAAAAUGGCCUGACCGUGGCGAACAGCUUAUUUCAGCACCACCCUCGUAGACUGUACACCUGGACAUCACCUGGAGGAAAGCACCGUAAUCAGAUCGAUUAUAUACUAAUUAGAUCUCGUUGGCGCACAUCUGUUCUUAAUGCCCACACACUACAUGGGGCCUGUUGUGGUUCGGAUCACGAACUCCUGGUCGCGAAAAUUCGACUGAAGCUCAAGGCUGCCCGAUCUCCUAGAGCGCAAAGGAGGAUCGAAGUAACAGAUAGGGCAAAGUUUACUGCGGCGUUCGAACGGAAAUGGACAGAGUGGAUUGACGUUAAUCACAAUGAGGCUACACCGGAAAUGUUAUGGAGCAAGGCUAAACACCUCAUUCAAAAUGCAGUAAUAGAGUUCAAACCAAUAUCGGAAAUGCGCAAACGCCAACACUGGAUGACCGAUGGUACGCUCGCCCUAAUUGAAGAGAGACGUCGAAAGAAAGCUCAAGGCAUAGACACGAACAAACUGAAUGUAUUGUCUGCUAAUAUUCAGGCCAGCUGCAGACGAGAUCAUAACUCUCAUCUUCGUAACAUUUGUGAAGAGGUCGAAAAACAUGCUAUGAAGCUUGAAUCUAGAGAUCUCUACCACAAAAUACGGUUCAUUACCAAAUCACUGCCAUCUAAGACCUGGGCUAUUGUAAAUGACAAAAACGAACUGAUAACAGAGUUGGAUCAAAUCUCUGAAACAUGGAAGCGUUAUUGUCAAUCGUUAUUCCAGGAUCCACAGUCACGGCAAUUUACAAGUACAGACCCAAACGAUGAGGACUUGGAGCCGAGCAUUCUUCUGUCUGAGGUUAGGGCUGCUAUAAAACACCUCAAACACAGGAAAGCGACUGGUAGAGAUGCAAUUCCUAUUGAAACAAUAAAAGCCUUAGGAGAACGCGGUGACGACAUGUUUCAUAAGAUAUGCAACAGGGUAUGGCAGACGGGAGUUUGGCCGUCGGAAUGGGCACAUACCGUGCUUACUCCCCUGCAUAAAAAGGGCUCUACGAAGAAAUGUAACAACUAUCGUCUAAUUGCUCUUACAUCAUAUUCUAGCAAAAUUAUGUUACAUAUUCUGAAUGAGCGAUUAAAAACCUAUCUGUCCAAAGAGAUUGCUCCGGAACAGGCCGGUUUCGUGAGGAGGAAAGGCACUCGGGAACAAAUUUUCAUCGUACGUCAGAUAAUUGAGAAAGCAAGAGAAUUCAACAGGCCGACAUACAUUUGUUUUGUUGACUUCUCCAAAGCGUUUGACUCGGUGAAAUGGCCUGUUUUGUGGAAGACCUUACUGGAUCUGGGGACACCGAAACAUCUAGUGCACCUACUGAGACGCUUAUAUGAGAAUGGUACGGCCUCGGUGCGCGCGGAUGACGUUUUCUCUGGUAACUUCCAUCCAAGUGCUGGGGUUCGCCAAGGUUGCAUUGUAUCGCCGCUCUUAUUCAAUGCGUACACAGAGAUCAUAAUGCGCAUCACUUUGGAGAACUGGACAGAUGGUGUAGCAAUUGGGGGGUAUAGAAUUGCAAACUUGCGAUACGCGGAUGAUAUCACUUUGUUUGCAACUGAUGCGCAAUGCUUGGGGGAGUUACUGUCGAGGAUGGAACGUGUGAGCCUUGAGUUUGGAUUAAGGAUUAACCGCAGUAAGACCAAGGUGAUGAUUGUCGAUCGCGCUAUGAAUAACUCGCCGGACGUGACUCAAAUAGCGGGUUGCGACGUGGUCCAGUCCUACAUAUACCUUGGAGCGUUAAUCUCAAAUAAUGGUGGAUGCAUGGACGAAAUCAGAAGGCGCAUGGCUGUCACGAGGUCGGCGAUGGACGGGCUGAGGAAAAUGUCAGGACGAGUCAUAAGUUGA